AUGGCGACGUCACCAACAACCAGUAGACCACCUGAAAAGGUGAACCACUCAAAAUCUUUCGAAGAUGAGGUAGAGGUUUUAGAAAAUGGUGGCUUGAGUCCACAAUUAUCACUCAGGACAGAAGAUGACACAUGUUCUGAAAUCAUACGAAUCGAACAGCAGAGUUAUGAUGAGCCCCAGCAAGUGUCAGCACUAGAGCGGAUCGCCCGUACACUACAGGUGAUAAAAUCAUGGGCGUCAGGACGAUGGAGGUCUCGGACCUUGCCCCAGCGUCCAGAUUCCUUCUUAGAGAGGGUGGCCAUGGGGGGACAGGAUGUCAAGGACGCCCAAGGAGACAGGAAGGCCCGAAAAAUCUCCGACAUUAGGUACUGGAAGGGAUUUGUGGUGGAUCCGUCCCAGAGGUUCUACUAUAGAUGGCUCUUUGUCAUCUCCAUAUCUGUUCUCUACAAUGUCGUCUUUAUCAUCCCACGGUCGGUGUUUUGGGAGUUACAGAGAGGUUACAUGCCUCUCUGGCUUGCCCUUGACUACCUCAGUGAUACCUUAUAUCUAAUAGACAUGGGAAUUUCCUUCAGAACAGGUUACCUUGAGGAAGGUCUCCUAGUACGAGAUGCGACAAAGCUACGGAAGCACUACACGUCUUCGACGAUGUUUAAAACAGAUGUUCUUAGCAUAUUGCCGACCGACCUCUUUUAUCUUCUCAUAGGUCUUGACAAACCGGAACUUCGGUUCAAUCGAAUAAUCAGAUUCAAUCGGUUACUUGAGUUCUUUGACAGAACGGCUACACGGACUAGUUUUACAAACAUGAUCAGGAUCAUGAAUUUGGUGCUUUACAUUCUGAUCAUUAUUCACUGGAAUGCCUGUAUAUAUUUUGCCAUCAGCAACUCGAUAGGAUUCGGUUCAGAUUUAUGGGUAUAUCCAAAUGUUUCCGAUCCAAAGUUUCAACCUUUGACCCGGAAGUAUAUUUACAGUUUUUACUGGUCAACAUUAACACUAACAACGAUUGGAGAAACCCCAGUCCCUGAAAAGGACGAGGAAUAUUUAUUUGUGGUCGUCGAUUUCCUAAUUGGUGUUCUCAUUUUUGCUACCAUUGUCGGUAAUGUCGGAAGCAUGAUUACAAACAUGAACGCAGCACGUGCGGAAUUCCAAGGAAAAAUGGAUGGAGUCAAACAAUACAUGGAGUUCCGAAAAGUAUCGAAAGAGCUCGAGCAAAGAGUAAUCAAAUGGUUCGAUUAUUUGUGGACAAAUAAGAAAUCAUUAAAUGAAGAGGAGGUACUAGCAUCUCUCCCGGAUAAGUUAAAGGCAGAGAUAGCCAUUCAUGUGCAUUUAGAUACGUUAAAGCGCGUAGCUUUGUUUCAGGAUUGUGAACCUGGUCUACUUGUGGAGCUAGUACUAAAGCUCAAACUACAAGUGUUUAGUCCAAGUGAUUAUAUUUGCAGGAAAGGAGACAUUGGCAAGGAAAUGUAUAUAGUCAAACGCGGACAAUUGGGUGUUGUUUCCGACGACGGAAAGACUAUAUUUGCUACAUUGAGAGAAGGUAGCGUUUUUGGUGAAAUAAGCAUAUUGAAUAUAGCAGGCAAUAAAAACGGUAAUCGUCGGACAGCAAACAUCAAGAGUACAGGAUACAGUGAUCUGUUCUGUCUAUCUAAAGAUGACUUAUGGGAGGUUCUUACUCAGUAUCCAGAUGCAAAGAAGAUUUUAAUCGAUAAGGGUAAGAAAAUCCUUAGGAAAGACAAUCUCUUAGACGAGGAACUCAUGAAAAAAGUCGAAGCACAGCAAGAAACGACGGAACAAAAGCUUGACAGGAUAGACUCAAGUCUGGAUACUUUACAAACAAGGUUUGCCAGACUUCUUGCCGAUUUUAAUUCCACUCAGCAAAAAUUGAAGCAACGAAUCACAAGACUUGAAAAAGGCAUGGUGAAAGAAUCCGAUGCGAUCUCCAAUAUUUCAUUUCUGGAUUCAUGA